AAGUAAUAGUGAAUCUAUUGAGAACUUUGUUGCUAAUUAUGAAGGAUACACUAUCAUGAAAGAUUGGGAUGAAAUAAAAAUAAGGCUUGUAGUUGGGUUAUAUGUUGCCGGACCAUUAUGCAAUUGGAUCAGAGAUAUUGGUUUUCCUACCAAGUACAGAGAAAGAAUAAACCAACGAUACUCUAAAACCUAUGAAGAGGCCAAAGAUUGGGUGAUCAAGAUUGAAAAGUAUGAAAAAAGUGAUGAAUUCAAUUUAAAAAAGGCCAACAUAAUAGGAAAAAAAUCAACUUACCAGAUAGACCCUGAUGUUGAUGACUUGGCUAAUACCUUUUCUAAAUUAAAAAUUUGUCGAGUUAGUCAAACCAGUCAAAGUGAAAAGGGUGCUAAAAGAAUUAGCAAGUUUGAAUCUACCACUAAUGAACUUACCAAGCUUGUUAAGGAUAUAGCCAACAAUAAAAGUCAACCCAAUCCCAACUAA